AGCAGCCUCCCUCUCCUCUCCACCUCCUUUUUCUAUCUCUCACAGACACGCAACCAGUGCUCUCCUCAACCUCAUUCUCUCCUUUCAUUCUGUGGUGCUAUUAGGCUGAACCCAUGGAGGACUACCACAAACCAGACCAGCAGACCGUGCAGGCGCUGAGAAACAUUGCCAACCGCCUCCGAAUCAACUCUAUCAAAGCCACCACCGCAGUGGGCAACGGGCAUCCAACAUCAUGCUGCAGUGUGGCAGAGAUCAUGUCUGUGCUUUUCUUCCAUACUAUGAAGUACAGGCCAGAUGACCCCAAGAACCCCAAUAAUGACCGCUUUAUCCUGUCCAAGGGUCAUGCGGCUCCUAUCCUUUACUCUGUGUGGGUGGAGAUCGGCUUCCUGAAAGAGUCUGAGCUCAUGAGCAUGUGUCAGGUCAACUCAACUCUGGAGGGACACCCCACACCCAAGCAGCAGUUUGUGGAUGUGGCCACAGGCUCUCUGGGACAGGGGCUGGGUGUAGCCUGUGGAAUGGCCUAUUCAGCGAAAUACUUUGACAAAUCCAGUUAUCACGUGUACUGUCUGCUGGGGGAUGGAGAAAUGUCGGAAGGGGCUGUAUGGGAGGCCAUGUCCUUCGCUUCCUACUACCAGCUGGAUAAUCUGUUGGCCAUACUGGACAUUAACCGUCUGGGCCAGAGUGACCCGGCACCACUGCAGCACCAUGUGGAGAAGUACCAGAGACGCUGUGAGGCCUUUGG